GUGUCUGUGUGUUGCAUCUAAAACGAAGCCUUUCAUCGUUCCCCGAUUCUUUUGGUGUAUUACAGUAGCAGCUAAUUGAAAUGGCAACCAAAGAAGAAGAUGUGCAAGAUCCGAGAAUCCCCAAAAUCGCCUCUUCCAUUAGAGUCAUCCCUGACUUCCCUAAACCAGGGAUCAUGUUUCAGGACAUAACCACGCUGCUUCUGGACACGGAGGCCUUUAAGGACACCAUUGAUAUUUUUGUUGAAAGGUACAAAGGCAAAGGCAUUUCUGUUGUUGCAGGUGUGGAAGCAAGAGGUUUCAUUUUUGGCCCUCCUAUUGCGUUGGCUAUUGGUGCCAAAUUUGUUCCCAUGAGGAAGCCCAAGAAGCUACCCGGGAAGGUUAUAUCGGAGGAGUAUUCGUUGGAGUAUGGAACAGAUAAGAUAGAGAUGCAUGUAGGUGCGGUUGAGCCUGGUGAGCGUGCUAUCAUCAUUGAUGACCUCAUUGCCACUGGUGGCACUCUCGCUGCUGCUAUCCGACUACUUGAGCGAGUAGGAGUGACGAUUGCUGAGUGUGCUUGCGUGAUUGAGUUACCUGUGCUCAAGGGAAGGGAGAAACUUGGAGAGACGCCACUAUUUAUUCUUGUAACCUCCGAUGCUGCUUAAACCCUGAAGGACAUAAUGGGUUUAUUAUUAUUGGAUAAUAUCCAAACAUGUUAGUUUCCAUUGUAUUGCUUUUGGGAUUUUGAUCCUUUGUUGUUUUCAACUUUAUCAUAAUUGUCUCAGACAAGAAACAUGAGCAAAAGGAUGGUGUCUAGUUUCGUUUAUUUAAUCCCAUGGUUUGGCUUCA